AUGAUUUUAACGUUUUCAAGAAAGUCUGUCUCACAGAAACUGAGUAUUUUACUCCUUGCUUUUGGAUUCGUCUGGGGACUGAUGUUGCUGCGCUACACGUUCCAGUAUCCGAGACACCAGAGCAGCGAGGAGCUCAGAGAUGAAAUAUUAGACUUGAGCAGAAGAUAUGUCAAAGCUUUGGCUGAGGAGAACAAAGAUCUAAUGAAUGGUGGAAAUGGAGGCUCCAUGGCAGGAUAUGCUGACUUGAAGAGAACAAUUGCUGUCCUUUUGGAUGAUAUUCUACAGCGGCUUGGAAAGCUAGAGAACAAAAUUGACUACUUUGUAGUGAACGGAUCAUCCAAUAAUAGCACCAAUAGCACUGGUGGAAAUCCUGUCCCACUAACUACAAGUAAACGUGUGAAUACGUCCGCAAACAAGAGAUAGCAAGAGAGUGCCAUUCUGGUUAUUUCAUCAGGCUGAGUACAUCUUUACGUGCUACGAAAUUGGCAUUUCUGGCUAGAUCUGUGCUUUAUUUUGGUUUGCCAAGUAAGCAGCUAUAGCAUAUAAUGCAAUACUCAACUGUUUUAUCGGCGGCACUAUAAGAACGCAGAGAAUAUCGGCCAUUUUAAGUUUAUAAUAUUUUAUUUUUCCCCCUUAUCUUUAAAGUAAGUUUUCUAGAAGUGAGUUUGGAAGCAUUGUCCUAGAGAUUAUAACCUUAGUACUCUAAAUUAAAAACAAAAACCUAUAAUAUAAAUAAUAUACUAGAAUAUUAUAUUUUGCAACAUCGAAAAAUUUAUGUUUGAGCUGGAGGUUUGACCCAAAGAAUGUAUUUAUUUGCACUAUUUGUUAGUAAGACUGUAUAUUCAUUGCUGUAAAUAAGAUUAUUUAUGCAGACGCUUGACAAAAAACAUAAACAUACUACAAUUAUUCCAAUGGUUAUUGCUGGGUUGAGGAUAUUAUUUGAAACCUCAAAAACAUACAAGAAAUCACCCUCAGUUCUGUGUAUAGUUUCUAUGAUUUAAGUCCUUAUAGGAAAAGUUUGCAGUUUUUAUGGAAACAAAAACCUACUUGAAUUGAAGAGUUGUUUGUGAAAGAGAAAUUUUAUUUCCCUCCCUAAGUGAUAGAUCGACAGAUUUCC